AAAUGAGCACUCUUCUCUUCAAGUGUAGUUAGUGAUAGGUAUCUGAGAAAGAAAAUGGAGCCUCGUAUUGCAACAGCUCUUCUUGUGUUCGGGCUGCUGUUUUGUACAGCGGCCAUUGCUGAAAGCUAUGAUUUUGAUUUCUACCAUUAUGUGCUUAUGUGGCCAGGAGCAUAUUGUGCGCAAAGCAAGAAAGGGUGCUGCCUUCCAAAGACAGGCCCACCGGCGGAAGACUUCUUUGUAUCAGGACUGAUGACAUACAGCAAGGACGACGAGCCGGUCACUAAGUGCACAAACACUAGCUUCUACAAGAAUCUGAUGUCUGAGGUGAAUGGUGACCUGUACAAAUACUGGGCGACCAUCAAGUGUCCAAGUGCUGAUGGGUUGUCGAUGUGGAGAAGCGACUGGAAGACUUAUGGGGUUUGCUCUAACCUUACUCAAGUGGACUACUUUAAUAAGGGUUUGGAGCUGAGGGCCAAAGUCGAUCUCAUCACCUUUCUUAAAAACAACGGUAUCGUGCCGAGCACCACCACCACCUACAGCGUGAUCCACCUAGAGGAUGUCAUCAGCACUUGGGUCGGAGCAUCAGUUACAAUCCGUUGCAGUACGAUCUACAAUACAAACAAGUACCAGCUCUACGAGGUCCAUAUGUGUGUGGACACAGAUGCUUCUACAUUCAUAGACUGCCCCACCAUACCACGUUUCACAUGUUCUCCUCGCAUUCAUUUUCUUCCCUUCAGUACCAACAUGCUUAAGACUAGUUACAAUGGUGCUGAAGAUUCUGACCCCAUGUUCAUCAACCCAAUCAAAAUGACCAUCUCCGAAUGACCGUAUAAAGCUUAGAUAAGGGUCCAAAUCCAUGUAGGACUCCUUAUGAUGUUAGGAAUGUGGGUGUUGUUGUUUCUUCAUGUAGUGAGUGAAGACCAAUUCCAUAUUCCAUGUAGGACUCUUUAUUAUGUUAGGAAUGUGGGUGAUGUUUGUGCUUCUUCAUUUAGUGAGAAGAGUAAUGUUCUAGUUUUGUGUUCCCCUAGGCUUUAGAGUUGUGCAUGGACUGUGUAGCCUUCUUGUGUUAGUAUUUUGGAUAAUAAUGCAAAUGAAGAGAGAGUGAUAACUCUUCUAUGUUCAUUUU